CAACAACAAACGGCUCUUGUAUUAGUUGUAGUUACGUGGAAGGCCUUCCUCCUCUAAAUUUACUCGUUAAUAGAUUUCUGCCUUGUCUUCGCAAAAAAUACAAAAAAAUGCGUGAAUGCAUCUCAGUCCAUGUUGGUCAGGCCGGCAUCCAGAUUGGUAAUGCCUGCUGGGAGCUGUAUUGCCUGGAACAUGGCAUCCAGCCAGAUGGACUGAUGCCAAGUGACAAGACAGUGGGAAGAGGAGAUGACUCCUUCAACACCUUCUUCAGUGAGACUGGUUCUGGAAAGCAUGUUCCCCGGGCCGUGUUUGUGGACCUGGAGCCCACUGUCAUUGAUGAGGUGCGCUCUGGCACCUACCACCAGCUAUUCCACCCUGAGCAGUUGAUCAAUGGUAAGGAGGACGCUGCCAACAACUAUGCUCGUGGGCACUACACCAUCGGAAAGGAGAUCAUCGAUCCUGUUUUGGAUAGACUUCGGAAACUGGCUGACCAGUGUAAUGGUCUUCAGGGCUUCCUGGUUUUCCACAGCUUCGGUGGAGGCACUGGUUCUGGUUUCACCUCGCUACUGAUGGAGCGCCUGUCUGUCGACUAUGGCAAGAAAUCCAAGCUGGAGUUCUCCAUUUAUCCGGCCCCACAGGUGUCCACAGCCGUGGUGGAGCCUUACAACUCCAUCCUGACCACCCACACCACCCUGGAGCACUCGGACUGCGCCUUCAUGGUGGACAACGAGGCCAUCUAUGACAUCUGCUGUCGGAACCUGGACAUUGAGCGUCCCACCUACACCAACCUAAACAGACUGAUGAGUCAGAUCGUGUCCUCCAUCACGGCUUCUCUUCGUUUUGACGGCGCGCUCAACGUGGAUCUGGCCGAGUUCCAGACCAACUUGGUGCCUUAUCCACGAAUCCACUUCCCUCUGGCCACUUACGCUCCUGUCAUCUCUGCCGAGAAGGCUUACCAUGAACAGAUGACCGUAUCUGAAAUCACGAACGCUUGCUUUGAGCCAGCCAAUCAGAUGGUGAAAUGUGACCCUCGCCACGGCAAGUACAUGGCCUGCUGCCUUUUGUACCGUGGAGAUGUGGUGCCCAAAGACGUCAACGCUGCCAUUGCCAACAUCAAAACUAAACGUGGGAUCCAGUUUGUGGACUGGUGCCCCACUGGUUUCAAGGUGGGCAUCAACUACCAGCCUCCCACUGUGGUUCCUGGUGGAGACAUAGCCAAGGUCCAGAGGGCUGUGUGCAUGUUGAGCAACACCACGGCCGUUGCAGAGGCCUGGGCUCGGCUCGACCACAAGUUUGAUCUGAUGUACGCCAAGCGAGCCUUCGUUCAUUGGUAUGUGGGUGAGGGCAUGGAGGAGGGAGAGUUCUCCGAGGCCAGGGAGGACAUGGCUGCCCUGGAGAAGGAUUAUGAAGAGGUCGGUACCGAUUCUAUUGAAGGGGAGGGUGAGGAAGAUGGAGGGGAAUAUUAAAAUGGCCUCCUAAAACAA